AUGUACCGUGCGGUUGGUGCUACAGCUGUAUAUCCUAUCGACUUGGUGAAGACCAGAAUGCAGAAUCAGAGAACUGGAUCAUUUAUAGGCGAGCUGAUGUACAGAAAUAGCUUUGAUUGUUGUAAAAAGGUGAUCCGGCAUGAAGGUUUUUUUGGUCUUUAUCGAGGUUUAAUGCCUCAAUUAAUGGGUGUAGCUCCAGAAAAGGCUAUUAAACUCACAGUUAAUGAUUUUAUCAGAGAUAAGUUUAUGGACAAAAAUGGAAAUUUACCACUGUACGGAGAAAUUGUAUCUGGCGCCUGU